ACUAGAGCUUAUUAAAUUCCGUGAUUUUUGUUUUCCAGAUUCAUAAUCAAAAUUCAAGAGACUUUAAUUUAACUGUUGGAGAACUCAAUUUUUUGCAAGAAAAACCUUGUUCUAAAAGCCUGCACAAGUAGACAAAAGGUGACAACAGACUCACUAAGAUUUAUUCCCUUUUAGUUGUAUACUUCAACAUAGACCACAACUCCUUUAAUUUCCACCUUCCCCCAUCAUACCUCCAUCUUCCCAACCUCAUCAUCUUUUAACAUGAUGAAGGGGCUACAGUUUUCUGAGAAUUCUUCCGAAAAUUCUUCAUCUUUAUCCAUGAGAGUUAGUGUGGAGCAGCCAUUAACAUUAGAAAACAGCAAUGAUAAUAAAUCAUCAUCAGGGGUAAGACCAUAUGUUAGAUCAAGAAUGCCGAGGCUGAAAUGGACGCAUAAUCUUCACCGCAGCUUUGUACAUGCUGUUGAAAGACUUGGUGGAGCAGAUCGAGCAACUCCAAAGAUGGUGCUACAACUGAUGGAUGUGAAGGGCCUCACCAUAGCUCAAGUUAAGAGUCACCUUCAGAUGUACCGAAGCAUGAAGCACGAACAGAUGAUGCAAGAAGCUGCAAAUGCGAGCAAGAAGAAUAGAAUGGAAGGCUCAGAUCAAAUGAAUUAUCUCCAUGGGAACUAUCAUCAUUACUAUAAUAGCAAAGCAUUCUUUGAUGGCAAUCCUAAUUUGACAUUAAACAGUAACUAUGCGGAACUUGCCUCCAGGCCUACUAUUUUGCCUCCUCCAUGGAAACAGAUGCAAGAGAUGAGGGAAAAUUACAAUAAUAUCACGAGGUUGAAAUUAGGAAGGUCCAACUCUUGCACCAUGUUCAAGGAUUUCUUCAAUGGCUGCAGUGUUCAAGAAGGGAAUGGGAAUAAAGUGGUACAACAAUAUGGUAGCAGUUGGUUAAACAAGAGUACAGCUACAAUUAUCAAUCUUGAAGAAGAGGAAGCCUCUGGUAGCACCAUGUCCUUAGAGCCAUCUUCCAGUUUAGAUCAUGUGAAUAAUACUAUCUCUCUUGAGCUCACCCUUGGAAAUAGAUCCUAAUUUCACUCUCAACUCGUUGACUUUUGUCAUAGAAUCAAGCUAACUCAGCUAGCUAGCUAGAGCUUGAUGCUAAUAAUCAGGGUUUAAUCAAUCUGAGAAUCGUGUAAACUUGCUUUAGAUUUUUUUUUUUUUUUAGUAACUACUGGUUCUAAUAGGUGGUGUAUUAUAUCUGAAGAAUAUCAGACAACUUGCUAUGUAUUUUCAAUUUUAUGAUUUUCCAAUUUGAAGUAUAUAC